CUUCUACACGCACUCAUCUCAUAUAAUGGCGGAUAAUCCAAUAUCAAAAAUAACAUCAUCCAACCACACUUCAUAUUCUUCUUUCAUUACUAUAAACCAAAUUCAUUUCAUCCAUUUCUUCAAUUUCUUCUUCCUUUUUCUUAACUUUUUCGUCUUCCUCUAGAAUUCUCCCCCUUUUUUUCUCACCAAUCUUUUUUUCCAGAUCUUCCCAUUAAUUUUUAAUUUCUGGGUAUUUUUCUCUUCAAUUUUAUUGGUUGAUUUCAUCGAUUUUUGCAAAAAUGGCGGUUGCUAUGGCUUCUGGGAGCUUAGCUGGAGCUCAUACUCUUUGCAGAAGUAAAGAUGUCCCUUUUUCUGCUAAGGCUGUGUUUGGUAUUUUUUCUCGGAGGCUCUGCUUUUUUCCCCGGCAAAAAUUCUCGGUAUUGACAACACCAAUCUCUGUUAGUCCACAAGCAUCUUUGUCUACAGCUGUGGAGGAUGGAAGCUACCGAGAAACAGAAGAUGUCCCGACCCCAAAGGUUAUAAUAGAUCAAGAUUCGGAUCCAAAUGCAACUGUUGUGGAGAUAACCUUUGGUGAUCGUCUGGGUGCCCUUCUUGAUACUAUGAGUGCACUGAAAAACCUUGGGCUCAAUGUGGUGAAGGCAAAUGUCUUUCUGGAUUCAUCUGGGAAGCACAACACUUUUGCCAUCACUAAAGCUGAUACUGGAAGAAAGGUUGAUGAUCCAGAGUUGCUGGAGUCAAUUCGCUUGACUAUUAUCAAUAAUCUGCUUCAAUAUCAUCCGGAAUCAAGUGAGCAAUUGGCUAUGGGAGCAACUUUUGGAAUCUCGCCGCCAAAACAAGAGGUUGAUGUGGAUAUAGCAACGCAUAUAAGGAUUAAAGAUGAUGGUCCGAACCGCAGCUUGCUUUACGUUGAAACUGUUGAUCAUCCUGGAUUGUUGGUGGACCUGGUGAAAAUGAUAACUGACAUUAAUAUUUUUGUUGAAUCUGGAGAAUUUGACACUGAGGGUUUACUUGCAAAGGCCAAAUUUCAUGUCAGUUAUCAGGGUAAAGCCUUAAUAAAGCCACUCCAGCAGGUUGUUGCAAAUAGUCUGCGGUACUUUUUGAGACGACCAACAACAGAGGAUGCAAGUUUUUGACCUGUUGAAAAAACAAUGAAAACUAAUUGGACAGGUAUAUUAAUGAUUAUGUCAUCAUGGUUCAACUAUUGCAGCUAUUCUUGGUUGAAACUGUUGUAAAAUUCAUCAUAUAAUAUGUAAGAAAUUUAAACAAGCACAUUUUUUAUACAAAAUUGAUGUACCUGCUUCUGUAAAGUGAUUUAUGUGAAACUCAGAAAGUGAGUACACCCCUAGACAGAUUUGGUCUUUGUAUAUUUGAGCUCCACAUAAUCCAUGCAGAAAUUUUUUAACUUUAA